GCGGCCCCUGACGUGUCGGGGAGGAGCCGGGCGCCGAGGUGCGCGGAGUGGAGCUCUGGGCUGCGGAGGGGAGCGGAGCCGAGCGGCUGGGCGGGCCUGGCCAGGCCAGCGGAGGGGAGACGUCGGUCGAGCGGCGGCGAACAUGCGCUUUUGACACAUUGGAGGCUUUCUUGAUCAUGGAUGGUGAGGAUAUACCAGAUUUUUCGAGUUUAAAGGAGGAAACUGCUUACUGGAAGGAACUUUCCAUGAAGUAUAAACAAAGCUUCCAGGAAGCUCGGGACGAGCUGGCUGAAUUCCAGGAGGGAAGCAGGGAGUUGGAAGCAGAGCUGGAGGCACAGUUAGUACAGGCCGAACAAAGAAACAGAGACUUGCAAGCUGAUAACCGAAGACUGAGGUGUGACGUGGAAGCAUUAAAGGAGAAACUAGAGCUGCAGUACGCACAGAGCUACAAGCAGGUGUCGGUGCUGGAAGAUGACUUAAGUCAGACUCGGGCCAUCAAGGAGCAGCUGCACAAGUACGUGAGAGAGCUGGAGCAGGCCAACGACGACCUGGAGCGCGCGAAGAGGGCAACCAUAGUUUCACUGGAAGACUUUGAACAAAGGCUAAAUCAGGCCAUUGAACGCAAUGCAUUUUUAGAAAGCGAACUUGAUGAAAAGGAAUCUUUGUUGGUGUCCGUCCAACGGUUAAAGGAUGAAGCAAGAGAUUUAAGACAAGAACUGGCAGUUCGGGAAAGACAACAGGAAGUAACCAGAAAGUCGGCCCCCAGUUCUCCCACCCUCGAUUGUGAAAAGAUGGACUCCGCGGUCCAGGCCUCACUUUCUUUGCCGGCCACUCCUGUUGGCAAGGGCACGGAGAACAGUUUUCCUUCACCGAAAGCGAUACCAAACGGUUUUGGUGCCAGUCCGCUAACUCCUUCCGCGAGGAUAUCAGCACUCAACAUCGUGGGGGAUCUCUUACGGAAAGUAGGGGCUUUAGAAUCCAAACUAGCAGCUUGCAGGAAUUUUGCAAAGGACCAAGCAUCACGAAAAUCCUAUAUUUCAGGGAAUGUUAACUGUGGGGUGACGAAUGGCAGCGGCACAAAGUUCCCUCGGUCAGGACAUACGUCUUUCUUUGACAAAGGUUGGGUGUCCAGCCCCGGCGGCCCUUCCCCUCCCCACACGUCUACACGCUGAGGCCACCGCGAGAGCAGGACUUGGAGCCCAGACGGCCCAGAGCGCUAGCCCAUCAUCCGCCCGUUUCUGGCAGCACAGCGCCCUCCGAGACCGUGGGCCUUGCUGUCCCCAUUUUCAGCCUGGGGGUUCCCAGCGUCCAACCAGGUCACAGGUGGGCCGAGAACAGAAGGUGAGAAGACAGAUUCUAUGUUCACGUGAUUAUUCUUGUUUAUUGAGGUCUGUUUAUUCUCAAUGGGUGCUUUUUCCUCCAAGUAAACAGAGCAGGCGUAGAUAUCUAUAAUGAAUAAAUUUAUUGUCUUACAAAAAUCAUUGUCUAGAAAUAUGGGAAUACAAGAAAAAAGAUAUUUGCAGUCAGGUGUCUGGUGGUCAACAGCCAGUAGAAUUCAUAAAGGGGGAAAACCGAAGAUUCCAACCCACAUGACAAAUUCUUCCUAACAGAUGUUAAAGCUUUUAACCCAAAAGGUUUGUGUUUUCAAGCACGCUGCGGAGGAUCAGGGAUGUCUAAACACUGAUGCGUUGUCACCGGAUGUCUGUAAUGCCACUUCGACUAGAGGUACAGGAUAUGAAGCAAAUUGUUACAGAGGCAAGUCAGAGUUAGCAUUGUCUUAGUACUGCAGUGUCUAAGGCACUUUCUGUAAUGUCAGUUUGCUCACCUAUCAACCGAAACCAGAAUGCUAGAUGUUCACUGUGACACUGUCCGAGGGAAGGGGGACAAAGGAACAGGGACUCACAUCCACUGGCAUGUCAACAUUCACGCAGAUGGUAUUGGUUCCGGGGGCUCCGUCAGCCUCCCGGGCAAACCUGGAGUAAGUCUGGGACACAAAACCAAGAUUUCCAUUUUGGGCUCAAAGCAGCGGCUGAAUUUGCAAGGUCAGCAUGUGAGCCUGGCUGGAGAGGGAGGGCUCCCCUCCGUCCCCCGCGAGGGUCAGCCAGGCCGGAGGGUGUGGAGUCCGCGUAACGGCGGCAGCCUUGUGGCCGCUGUCCCUUCUGUGCACAGACCAGCCGAGGACAGUUCAUGGGAAGAGAUGCGGGGACACCACCAACUCAAGGGAGAGGGGCACGGUAACCCCAUAUGGACGCGGCUUCCCCCGCUGCCACCCACCCCCCCCUCAUCUUGCCGAAGCCCCUUUCACAGUUUGCUCACUGAAAUAGUGUUGAUCAUUAUUGGAGGAAAUCGGGGAGAUAAGUGCAGUUUAGGGUCCACAAUGUUCUAAGAGACUCGACGUGGCUGAGGAGUCGGGGGCCACACGAACACAGGACGAAGUCACCUGUCGUCUGGAGAGAGCAUGCAGAGCGAUGGGGCGGCUGCCCCAGUAACCCAGCCACGGGUAACAAGGCUCUGGACUUGGUCUGAAAAAUGGUUCUCUUCUUAACGUGAGUUAGAAAAUGGUCUCUCGACGAAUAUAUGGAAAAUAGAUGCAAUGAGGAGACUGUUUAAUAGGUGUGUGUUUCGUGUGUGUAUAUAUGGAAAAAGGGGAGCAGUUGUUCUUAAAUCUGAAGUGGGGUACAGUACGGUUGGCCAGAAAGCCUUAAGACACGGUUGAAUCCCAGUGCUGCCAGCUUCCUAGACGGGGCGGGGGCCGGGGGGUCCCACUGUAUCGCCCCCGCGGGCUUCCUGGGGUGCUACUCGGACUGGGGCGGCUGCGUCUCGUUGACAUCGCUGGUCUUGCUCUCCGUGUCAUCGUCCGACAGCUCCAGGGAGGCCCCCUCGAGGUGCAGCUGGCGCCGGCCGGAGCGGCUCGACGAGAAGGUGAUGGGGCCGCCUCGCCUGGGGAGAAGAGA